AUGCCUCCUUUCACAUGCAGUACCAACCGCUCCCUCGACAGUACGUCGUACACCCUCCACCACCCGGAUGAGCGCCCCACUGUGCCAGGUGUUUGGGGCACGUUCGUGAUUGUUUUCAGCCAAGGGGCCACCACCGGGAAACGUAUGGGGCCGUGCGUCUCCAACACCCAAAUGGUCAGCUUGCGACGAGUCCUGCGGCGGUGGGAAGGCAAACCUAUCAAAGUGGGCAUAUGGAAGGACGGCGACUGGAUACCGACCUUCCUCGACGUGCAGGACGACGAACUAGUGCCCGUUCAACGCAUGCGACUGUUCUUGGUCCUCCGAGUCGACAAUUGGGAACGUCCUUGUCGCACUCUUGGAAGGGAGCUCUACGGUCGGGAAGACGGCAAACUCCAACCCCUACGCUAUGGAGGAGUGUCCGAGGGCGCUGUGGAGUACGAGGUCGUGAUUUGGACGCAGGAUGCCAACACGCCGCCCACGAUCUGCUACACGCGCUCACAGGUUGGGCGUUCAAUCGGCGAGGCCAUCGCAGAUUGCACCCGCCUAGACCCUGCUCUCGUCGUUCCCGAAGGGCUCAUGGACGCGAAGGGCCAUGAGCGCAAGCGCGCCCGUUCCCCCGAAGGCUGUGGUGACGUCGCGAGCGAUCACAAGAAACUCAAAUCCGACCCAACGACUGCGGCCAGGCCAACGAGGGCGCUCGACCUAACUUCUAACGCUCCAAUCAAUGUUGACGAACAUGAGGUAGAGCUCAUCCUGUGGAACGUUGCGAUGUCGAGCAUCUUUGAACGUUUCAAAGCCAAGGCGAUUUCGGGCGCCGUCGACCUCAUGAAAGUUCCCUGGAUCCGAGACAGAUACAACGCUGCGGACGUACGUAAAUGGCAAGCCUGGGCCCAUGGUGCCUGCGACUGGCAAGACAUCGCGAGCACUUCCAUCGACAUAACCGCGGAGAGCGCGAGUUGGGUUUGGGUGCGGCUCUACCCGGGAGAAUGCACGGACUUUGGGCUGUACAUGCGUCGUUGGGAGCACGCUCGAGGCCAGGACGUAGUGUGGAAGGACGUCUUACCGAUGAUGGUGGCGACCGCGACGGAUGACGCUCCUUUGGUCAUCCUAUGGGACAAGGUAACUCCGGGGUUCGAAUGCCUCAGCGCCCAAAGGUAUGCAGCGUUUGUCAAGCUUCUCAUCAUUCGCUGCCGCUCCGCCAAGAUAUGGUACCCACUGGAGACACGCUGGAUGGAGGUGAACGAUGUGGAAUCUGCCCUGCGGUCGUCCGCCAUGGCUACCAGGUAUGCACCGGUAGUGCUGAUCAGGACGGAGAGCGUAAACAUGGAGGGGAUAGGGGUGGCGAUGGAGGGCAUACACAUCCGAACUCGUGCGGCGUUGGAGACGCAGGCCAGGUCUGAAGAGCCGGCAAACGACUCGGAAGACGAGGGCGUACUCAUUCGCACUCCCAAAGACACCGACGUUCACGACAUCCCGGUGCAAGGGGAUGCGGCGAACGACGGGGAGACGAAGGUGGAAUCUGCUGUGCAAACCGAUGGAAGGAAGAAGGCGAUAGCAGGCAGAGACGACUGA